GUUUUUGUGUGUGUUGUGUGGGGGAAGUGUGUGGCUCUCGUUUUCCUUUGUUCGUGCCUCGUGGUGAAUCGAGUCAUCUUGCAUUUGGAAAACGUUAAGAAAACUGUGUAUGUACAAAUUAUUUCUAUCGAAUUGUGUGUUUCAACUUUCAAUCGCCAGACAAGAGUUUUUUUUUAUUGCAAUUGAGGUUUAUCGAAGCAAGCUAAAGUCGUCGACACCACCGUGAUUCAAAGCCCCAUCAUAGAAAGUGAUUGUUAAAGUUCUCAAAAUAGGAACCAGGAUGUCUUCUAUAAGGAAGGCAACCCAUGCAGGAAGCUGGUACUCAAACUCAGAGCGGGAGCUGGGUGGCCAGCUGGAGCGGUGGCUGGAUGCCGCCGAACUCUCCCACGGACCGGCACGGGCCAUCAUCGCGCCGCACGCCGGCUACUCGUACUGCGGCGCGUGCGGCGCGUUCGCCUACCGACAGGUCUCGCCCAUCUGCGUGAAACGGGUGUUCAUUCUGGGCCCGUCGCAUCACGUGCGUCUGGCCGGCUGCGCACUCUCCUCCACGCUCAAGUACAGCACGCCGCUGUACGACCUUACUAUUGACCAGGGGAUCUACGAUCAGCUGUACUCGACGGAGCAGUUCGAGCGGAUGAGUCUCUCCACGGACGAGGACGAGCACAGUAUCGAGAUGCACCUGCCCUACAUCGCCAAAGUCAUGGAAGAUUUCCGCGGUCAGUUCACGAUCGUACCGAUCCUGGUCGGCUCGCUGACGCCGGACAAGGAGGCGCUCUACGGCCGGCUCCUGGCGCCCUACCUGGCCGACCCAGCCAACCUGUUUGUGAUCUCGUCCGACUUCUGCCACUGGGGCCAGCGGUUCCGAUACGUGAACGGCGCCGACCGCGCCAACGGACACAUACACGAGUUCAUCCAGCAGCUCGACCGAGAGGGUAUGGACAUUAUCGAGUCGCUGGACCCGGUCAAGUUCACGCAGUACAUCCAGCGGACAGGCAACACGAUCUGCGGCAGGCACCCGAUCGGCGUGCUGCUCAACGCGGUGGCCAAGCUGAACGAGACGCCGAACGGGCACCGAAUGAAGCUCAAGUUCCUCAAGUACGCCCAGUCGAGUCAGUGCCGCUCGCCCAGCGACUCCUCCGUCAGCUACGCGUCCGCGUCGCUCAUCUUCGAAUGACGCGGCGGGCCGGCGGCCGCGCCGCCGCCGCCGCCGCCGUCGCUCCGUGCCGCUCCGCCCCGCUCACCGCGCCGUCGCGUUUUGUACACGCCACCGCCGCUGCCCCGGGGUGACGCCGGCCACCGCGCCGCGCGCCAGCGCCGGACGCCCCGGUGACCCGCCACCAGUGCCGACCGACGGGGCCGCCUGCCGGCACCCGCAGCUAUUUAUCUCAUCGAUAGGGAGCGGCGCGUACCGUGCCGCGGGCCGGGACAGUGGGGCCGGGACGCGCCGCCCGCCCGCGCCGCCACCGCCGCGUGAUAACGUCACUUUACCAGCCGGCGGCCGACCGAUAGACAAUACACACACUGUAAUCAAACGGACUGCAUAGAGUGCUGCCGCCCGCCCGUCCAGGAGGACGAGAGUGAGAGGAUUUCGGUGGCAGGGGACGGUGCGAGGAACAAAGAGCGGAACAACCACUGUCGUCCAGAAUCUCCUUUGCCUGGCAUAUGUCCGUCGGUAGCAGCACUGGACGUCCAGUGAGGAAUUACAGUGAACACCAUUAUACAUACAUGUACGUAAUGUGUG